AUGGCAAACUCCAAAUUCGAAUACGUCCGUAAUUUUGAGACGUCAGAUCCUCUACUACCUAACACAUGGAUCGUGGUCAGGGUCGAUGGAAGAGGUUUCACAAAAAUGUGUGCCAAGUAUGGCUUUGAGAAACCAAAUGAUCGUCGAGCGCUGGAUCUCAUGAAUGCUGCUGCCAAGGCGGUUGUGACUGAAUUGCCAGAAAUCACUAUUGCAUACGGUGUCAGUGAUGAGUACAGUUUCGUCUUCCAUAAAGCAAGCACGCUGUUUGAAAGAAGAGCUAGCAAACUUGUCAGCACUGUUGUCUCUACAUUCACUGCCAACUACGUCUACUUUUGGUCGACUUACUUCCCAGACUCCCCUUUGUCUCCUCCGCUACCUUCAUUUGACGGUAGGGCAGUAUGCUACCCUAGUGUCCAGAAUCUCCGCGACUACAUGAGCUGGCGACAAGUAGACUGCCACAUUAACAACCUCUACAACACAAGUUUCUGGGCCUUGAUUCAGCAUGGAGGCCUUGACAACAAGGAGGCUGAGAAAACUCUAACUGGUACGUUUGCAGCGGAUAAGAACGAGAUUCUUUUCUCCAGGUUCUCUAUCAACUACAACAAUGAACCCGAGAUGUUCAAGAAGGGUAGUGUCAUCUUCCGCGAUUACGAACUGGUUGACCCAAGUUCUCACAACAUCACUGAAACUAUCGACUCUCAAGCAGAGCCGGUUCAGCAAUCCAAGACGCAAAAGGAGAAGGACAAGAAGAGCCGCGCCAAGGCUCGCGUGGUGGUGGAACACAUAGACAUUAUCAAGGACGAUUUUUGGAACCAAAGACCGUGGCUUCUUUCCAACAAGCCGGGAAAGAUUCCAAAACAGACGUAA